UUACGACCAUAUGUUAUUUGUUAAUGCAAGACGCAGGCAAUCGUGGAGCAGUCCACCAAGUGCUGGCGGUCAUAGGAGGACAGGCUGACCUCCCUUGCACCCCAGCACCGUCCUUUAGGCCGCCGUCUCCCGAUUACUCCUUGAACAUCGCUAGCAUUCACCAUGCAAGAGAAUUACAGAACAAACUGCCAGAUGCAUUCAUGAAUUCCUUCUUCAAAGAUGAGAAGGACCAGCAACUCUUGGCAAGAACUUUGCAAGAUUUGCCAUCUCAUUUCGCCGAUCGAGCCUAUAGAAGAAAGAAGCGCUCUUCUUCUGUCCAAGGUCUUGAGUGGCGCAAGGGGACUGUGAUAUUGCAGCCUGAAAGUUCCCCCGAAAACAGAAGUAAAAUUUCGUUGCGUCUUAGUACUUAUUCCUCUAAGCGUUCAAUGCGUUUAGAUGGUAUCUUGAAUUAUGUAAAGAAAACGGCGCCGCUUGAUGAUUUUGUCUAUCGAUCUCACGAGGAAUCUGGUAACAUGACCAUAAAAUUCUCGAAAUCUCCGGUAAACACUUUUCUCAAGACGCGUUUUCUCCACCAUGAUGAAGGUCGUCAUAAAAAAAGUCCUGAUAUUGGUGAUAAUUUUUCGAGAAAAUUAAUAUGCUCUUCAAUCACUGGUGACUGUGAACGCAUCGCUCAAGAAUUGCUCGGAAGUCAAAUGAGAAUUUCUCCAAAGAAGUUUAGUUUGAAAAGCCACGUCCGCAGUGAUUUAUCUUGGAGACGUGCAGCAAUAGAGCUGAUUCAUGAUGUCCAAAAUUCAGAACCUGAAAUGAAACUAAAACUUCCCUUAAUUGACAGCUUUCAGGCAGCGCCGGUAGCCUCAAAAUUCAGCCAUUUCAAUCAAUCUUCCCGAACGGCGUCAAAACGUCCACGGGAGCUCGAUUUUAACAGCCACGUGAUUGACAGAGAAAUACUUGGCUCGGUGACCAGAAAUUCGGACUUCAGAAAUCGUGAAUCAAGGUCUCUUCACUUCGACACUUCUACUCCUAUAACGCCAGUUUUUAAAUUGGUACCUGCUGACCUCAGUAAAAACAGCAACCGAAACUCGGGAAAUCAAAUUGAUGUUCAGGCUAAACCCAUCCUGGUUCUGUGGUAUAAAGAUAACGUCGGCACCCCUUUCUACAGUUUCGACUCGCGCGCGGCAGACGAGACAGCGUCGGCUUUGGUAUGGGCAGAGCCGCAUGUUUUAGGUCCCCGCGUUCGGUUCGACAUCAAUACGCAACUUUUGACCAUACGCCAGCUAAAAGUCUCUGAUGAAGGAGUCUACAGAUGUCGCCUCGAAUAUACAACUGCAGCCACCACCGUCGUCAGGGCCAACCUCACAGUCAUAGUCCCCCCUUCUGCUCCCGUGAUAACUGAGGGCAAACGAAGCAUCCCCGGGGCCGGGGAAGGCAAAAUCAAUUCCCCCACUGGACCGUACGUUGAGGGGAGCUCCAUGACCCUCAACUGCUUUGUGCGGGGAGGUCACCCGAGUCCUCAAGUGCUAUGGUAUUUGGGUGAUACCCUUCUGGACAGCACUUAUAAUACCAGCUACGCUGGUGUGACUGGUGUUAGUCCUCUCCCUGGUGUUAGCUCUGAUGGUGUGACUGGUGUUAAUCCAGCCACUGGUGUUAGCCCUGAUGGUGUGACUGGUGUUAAUCCAGCCACUGGUGUUAGCCCUGAUAGUGUGACUGGUGUUAAUCCAUCCACUGGUAAGACUGGUGCUGCCACAACUGCUAGUGUGACGGCCAACUAUCUCCACAUCGCUGCAGUCAGUCGCCGCCUCACGCUCGAAGAUCUUCGCUGUGUCGUCAUCAUGCCCAAGAUCGAUCCCGUUUCCAUCAAGGCCGACGUCGAGUUUCAUUUGAGUCCAUUAUUAACCACUAUACUGGGCAACCGGAGUGCAGUAACUGCUGGUGCAAAUGUCACGGUGCAGUGUACUGUUUACGGUGCAGUACCAACUGCAGUGGUGCAUUGGUACAUCAAUGAUACUCCAAUCCUUGCACGGAGAACUGAGUCUGAUGGACUGAACAAGACCACGUCGACGCUAGUGUUCAGACCCAAGCUGAGCGACGAGGGCGCGACGCUACAGUGCCGCGGUCUGACGCCUGCACUGCCGCACGUCGUGCUUAAUGAUACCUGGACGCUGUCUGUCAACUAUGCGCCGGAAGUUGAAGCCGUGUUGGGCCGAGGGCUGUCGGCUGCCAACAUCAAGUCGGGCGAUGAUGUAUUUUUUGAGUGCCACGCUCGUGCUAAGCCCAGCGUGUCAAAGCUCGCCUGGUAUCAAAAUGGAGUUGAGGUUCACCACAACGUGUCAGCGGGCAUCAUCAUCAGCAACUACACUCUGGUGCUGCAGCGUCUGAGACGUACGCAGUCUGGGCAAUACGUCUGCGUCGCCUACAACGACGUCGGCGUCACGCGCAGCCACCCCGUCACGCUCAGAGUCAAGUAUCCUCCAGAAUGCGCUCGAAACCAGCGCACAUUUUACGCAGCGGCCAAAGAUGAAGAGGUGACAGUCAAGUGUAGCUUGGACUCAUUUCCAUCGAAUGUGACAUUCAACUGGCGUUUCAACAACUCUGGGGAGAUGGUGGACAUCUCAGCUGAGCACAUUUUCAACACGGGACUAAACUCAACACUUUCAUACGUGGCCAGAACUGAGCUGGACUAUGGUACUUUGUUGUGCUGGGGUACGAACGUAAUCGGAGCGCAGACCGAGCCGUGCAAGUACCGAGUUGUUCCUUUGGAACUUCCGAAGCCACCGACCAACUGCACCCUUCUGGACGCCGGGGGCAUUGGUUUCAUAGAGAAAAAAGUGCACCGUGAUGAGGAGAUGAAAACUCAUCAACGAGUUUACGAAGCUGAAAAUCGGCUCUUCGAUCCGAAUUUUGGAGUCAUCGAAUUUCCAGCCGAUUUUGUUCGAGAUCAAAGACUCGCGCGAGAAAUCGGCCAACAAAGAGAAGCGAAUCAAAAUACAGCUAUGCGAGAAGCAGUAAUUUUAAUCACACGAAAGCACGAAAAGAAAGACCCGUACGUUAUUCCUAAUUAUCGGAACACCUCUGGCCAUUUUUUACGCAGCACUAAAAAUGAAUUUUCCAGCAAAAAUAUGGGUUUUAGGGAAACCACCAAAGGUUACAUGAGAGAAUCUCGAAUCAAAAGGAAAUCAGAGAGGGAUAUCAAAAUACAGGAAAAUUUACAUGGUAUGUACGAGAAUGAGACAAUCUUGGAAGAGAACGAUAUUUUUGUUAACUGUACCAACGACAACAACCCCGAUUUAUUGGUUCAUUUCAACGCGGUCGUUUACGACGCCAACAAGAACGAACCGAUGGCGAACAUCACCGAUGCUACUGAGCCGUAUUUUUUCUUCAAGAAUUUGCAGCAGACGUCGGAUUUGGACAUCUUUCUCUUCUCAACUAAUGGACACGGCAACUCCAGUCUUGUUAUCCUGAGAACUCGCGCAAACAUCGACAUCGCUGAGAAGAGAACCGUUCCGGUGGACAGACGGACAUCUCCCAGUCGCAUAGACAUGACGCAACAGAAAGAUGGUUCUCACAGCUCGAGUACCAGCACCACGUCAUCGCGGUUCAUGCUGCCGGUUCUGGCGAUCGUUCUGGGGGUUCUUGGAACCCUUGGAUUACUUGUGAUCGGUGCUGUUUUAUUUCACUCAUACAAAAAAUCUUCAAGAGGCACUCAUAUCAAAAGUUUGGCUGAUUCAAAGUCAGAAUCGUCUGACUCGAAUCCUGAUAUCAUUCCUUCCGUCGCUGACCCUGAAGCAUCAGCGGCCACGGUGAUUCCGACAAUAACAGAGAAGCUACUCUGGCAAAACUACGAAGUCGUUGCCUGUAACGUCGCCGCAGGGACCAAGAUUCCUGGCUCGAGCAACAUCACAAGAAACGUUCACGACGGCAAGCGGCCGAAAACUUUCACGCAGAAAUCAACAACGUCGACCACUUUUAUACUGCAGGAGUGUCCCGAGAUAAUUCUUCUACAACAAACCAAGAGGGAAGACAACAGCAGGAUGGUAGCCGGGAGUUGUUUAAAGGCGCUCAGAACUUUUGAUGAUCCGCGUGCUAGUAUUAAUGUUUUACAAAAUUUUUACCCCGAGUCAGCCAACUUGGACGACUCGAGCAAAACCCUGAACGUUAACAUAACGCCUCCUCCAAUGUUCAGAAAGAAUGAUCGAUCGCUGUCAACUUCGGAUGUUACCAUGAUUUAAUGCAGAGAUACAACUUUUCAUAUUAUAUACCAUUAAGUUAAUUUUGAUAAUUCUUUUACACAUCUAUGAACGUAACAGUUGGGUCGUAACAUGAAAUAACGAAAACUCAGUUUCAGGUUUCUGAUUUUAAUCACGAUCGUACAUACCUUUAAUAGCUGCUAACGCAAAACCUGGCGAUUUUAUAAAACCAUCUACGUCGAGAAGAUACCGUGACCUACAUGGCGGCCGGGCUCUUAUGCCUGUGCAGUCUGACACUACACCCUUGCAUGGCUACCCAUGGUUGAACUAGGAGAAG